UGUGUUGUUAAUGGUGUACCAGGAAGUCAAUCAUUCAACUUAAAGUCCGAUUGUUUUGAAGUGUCCAACGUCAUUUUAUAACAAAUGAUGUAACAUGGUGUGCAAAGUUCAAUGCAGGACAUGGUCAAGGGAGUAUUUAUUGAGCGUGUUGUAUUGUGAAUCACAUAUGUUGUAACAAUAUUCCUACACACUGCACAUUUGACCUGUAUGUUGAAGUGAUCUAGUGCAAAGAUGGAUUUUGUGACCGGACCUCUAUUAUUUUUAAGUGUAUUGAUUGGACACACGUGGGACAGCAUCCCCGUAACACAUGACCCCGUGAAGAUCACGUUUUCCCCUGGAGAUGGGGGGUUAAUGAUGAAGGUCUCUGGGCCCUUCUUUAAUGAUCCGGAGGCUCCUAACGGACCUCCUGGCCUGCCGUUCCCCGCACUCUGGGACUAUGAAGUGGUGGAGGCCUUUUUUUUGGACAGCACUACUGAAAAUUACCUUGAGGUAGAACUCUGUCCACAUGGACAGCACCUGGUGUUGUUGCUGUCUGGGAGAGGACAAGCAUUCCAGCAACAACUGCCGCUGUCGUUCAAUGCCACCGUCUCAGGGGGCAGCUGGGAGGGGGAGGCCCUCCUGCCCUGGGCCUUCUUCCCCCCCAACGUCAACAAGAUGAAUUCCUACGCCAUCCACGGCUCCGGAGCCGGCCGCACCUACGAGGCCCUCCACCCGGUCCCCCGUGAAGACCUUGUGGAAGGACAGAAGCCCAACUUCCACCUCCUGGAAUAUUUCCAAGACUUUUCCCUGCAAAGCAUCAUGGGAGAAGGCUGGGUCCAGCCAGAGUCUGAUCUCUGGAAAGGAAAGUGCUGAUUGUAGCGAAACACACUUGCUUGUUUUUCUUCCUUACAUGCGCACAGAAACAGACACACACAAGGACACACACGCACACACACACACACACACCACAACAGAGUGGCAGGCCAAUAGCAAGACCAAAGUCAUUGACGGGGAACAAAGAGCAAUCGAUCUUUAUUAGUUAAUGAUGUCAAAUGGGCUGACAUGAAAUAUGUUAUCAGCUUGUCACAGAGUGUUAGAUGGCAUGCACUGGGCCACACACAAUCACACACACACACACAUGCACUUGACCACACACACACACACACACACACACACACACACACAUGGACUAGGCCACACACACAUAAACACACAUGCACUAGACCACACACACACACAAAGAAACAGACACAUACACAGACACACACAAACACACACACUUGCCCGCACAGACACGCGUACACACAAAUGCCGGCACAUCCACAAACUCACUCACCCUGUCACAAUAUCUUCGACAUAACCUUAAAUUGCCUCGUCGGAUUGUGACCUCAUGCGGCCGAUAGGGAGGGGGGAGGAGGGGGGAGGAAGGCCGACUGUGGCAUUCAGCUCUCGUCUGUGCGCGGGCACUGCGUCUCGGGGGGGAAAUGAACAACGGCCUCUAAUGGUGACUCUCUCUUACCUUGAUCUAUCGCACCAAACAGCAUUGUAUUACAAUCACUCCACUAGCCUCACUGUUGAUCAAACCGCUCACGCUAAUCAAUAUUCAGUGCAAACGUCUUUGUAAUCCUACUCUCUCUCAAUAAAGAUCUGAGUACUUUGUGUGGUUUUAUUACCUGGCGAGUCUGUUUUUUUUUUCUUUCUCUUUUUUCCUUGAUGUACAACUCAGGAACGAACGGAGGCCCCUUUGAUCUGCGUGACACACGAGGGAACACAAGAAACCUUGGAGAUACUUCUAUUUUAUUUUAUUUUCUCCUCUCCUACCCCUUGCCUACCCUCUUCCACCUGGAGGCCCCGCGGAGAGCCCGCGUGUUUAUCCCGGGCUCUUCUCGGAUCAGUGGCUGGACAACCCCCACCCCCAUCCCCCUCGUCCUCCCCCCCCCUCUUGGGGGGGGGGGAGGACGAGGGAGAUGGGGUUGGGGGUAAGGGGGCGAUUGAUUUUCAUGUUUGGUGCGUUGCCGCUCUCUGUGGCAGCCCCUAAGCCCCCGUAUUGAGUCCUAUCAGUUUUAAUUGGCACCCGCGUCUUUGAAAUGCGCGCAGUGAUUAGACCCAGAGAUCCCACCGCUUAAGCCCUCUCCUAAUCAUCGCCUGCAGUACUUUGCCACCGCGUUCUGCGCCGCUCCGAGCACGUGCACAUGCGUUGCACGGGCGCGCACUCACAUAGGCGCACACGCACACACACACACACACGCACAAAUAACACGAAGAUGCUGCAGUUACAUUUUCAAUAAUACAAAAGUGUGUCAAUAGGUACGAAAUACGGGCUGAUGGUCAGAAACACAUGUGCUCUAUAUGUGUGUUUACAUUUAUUUCAAGGAUCCCUCAUCAGCCCCUACCUUAUGAAUACUAAACACGGUGAAACCAUAAGAGAGAUGUGCGCUCCACACCAAAACCCAAAGCAUCUACUCCCUUUUAAUUGGUGCGAGGAGAUGAGCGAGAGAGAGAGAGAGAGAGA